AUGAAUUCGACUCUAGACGACGUCACGGGCGGGCCUCUGAUGGGCGAGGAUGACGACGCCUCGGUGCCUCGGCCGCCCACUGCUCCCCUGUCUCGAGAGGUCAUGCUGGCCAUCGCUGUGUAUCUGACGGUCGUGGGCCUGACCUCGACCGUGGGCAACUCCAUCUUCGCGACGGUCCUGCGACAUCGCCUCAAGACCAUUUCCGACGGCCAGACGCUUCUCCUCCUCAACUCGGCCCUCUGCGACCUCGGCGUCUCGAUCACCGGCUACCCCUACACCACCAUCAGUUCCUACGCGGGCCGCUGGAUCUUCGGUGACGUCAUGUGCCAGCUGUAUGGGUUUCUGUGCUUCACGCUCAACCAGGUUCAGAUGAACACCCUGGUCGUCAUUGGCAUCUUUCGGUAUAUAAGCAUCUGCCACCCUCAGUUCAAACACCUCCUGAAACCAAGUCUAGCCAAGCGUUGCCUGGUAGCGGCCUGGCUGUAUGGCUUGGCUUGGUCGACCCCGCCCCUUCUCGGCUGGUCUCGCUAUGUCAGGGAACCGUUCGAGACCUCCUGCUCAACGGACUGGUAUGACCGGUCGCUCUCCGGUAUCGCCUACAGCAUCUGCCUGGUCGUGUUCUGCUACUCCGUGCACGUGACCUGCCUCGCCAUCUGCUACCAGAAGAUCCUCUACAAGUCCCGCCAGCUCCAGCUCGCCUUGCCCGAAACCAACCCCAAGCUCUCCCUGCACGGCGGCGACGACAUCAAUAUGUCUGAGGGCAUCAGGUGCUGUAAAUAUUACAUUUGCAUGUGUGAAAGCAAUUUCAAGAACGGAGUGGAAAAGCGAGUACUAUUCAUGAACAUUAUGAUGAUAUGUAGUUUCCUCAUGUUCUGGACACCUUAUGCGGUUUGCUCCAUCAUUUCUAUCUUCAAGACUGACAUCAGCACUUUCUGUCGUGAAGAAUCUAAGAGAAUUGUGUCAAGAACUGAUUUGCGUUACACAAUUUCUUUAAGUAUAUGA